UAGAAAUGGUUAUCCUUCUUCUUCUUCUCUUGUUUCACUUAGCCCCUUGUGCAACCUCAUUAAACUUCAGUUUCCCCACCUUCCCAAAUGGCAUCAACACCCUAUCUCUUGAGGGAGAUGCUUUCGUCGACGGUGAUUUCCUCCGACUCACCAAAAGCGCUGCUGACGACGUGCAAGACCAAAGCGUCGGUCGAGCCACCUACAGCCAACCCUUCCUCCUCCGCGACAACGCCACGGGAAAACUCGCCGACUUCACCACAAAUUUCACAUUCGCCAUUGACUCGCUAGACAAAACACCCUAUGCAGAUGGGCUCGCUUUCUUUUUGGCGCCAAAUGGGUCUGCACUCAACAGAACAAUAGGCAGAGGUGGCUCUCUUGGCCUCCCCGUCAUAAACCCAGAAAAAAACGAGUCCACGAAUCUGUACCCGUUUGUGGCAGUGGAGUUUGAUAUCUACUCAAAUAACGUCACUUCUGUCGAAGAUCCCGCCGGCGAUCAUGUUGGUAUUGAUGUCAACUCUGUCAAGUCUAAGGUUACCAGGGCGUGGAAUGGUAGUAUUACAAAGGGACGACUCAAUAAUGCUUGGAUUCGUUACGAUUCUGGAUCAAAAAAUCUUAGCGUUACAUUUACUACUUAUGAAAAUGGUGUCUGGGUUAGAAGGUAUUUUGAUUACAUGGUUGAUGUGAAUGAGAUUUUGCAGGGUUGGGUGAUUGUUGGGUUCUCUGCUGCAACAGGUGCUAUGACUGCUCUGCACAAGAUCAACUCAUGGAGUUUCAAUUCGACAUCGCUGAUUGAUGAGAAUGCAAAUAACAACACACCAGUAGCUCCUGAGCCGACCCCCAUUGUUGAACCCGGGUCAGGAAAUGGCAUCAACAUUGGACUUGUGGUUGGGCUGGUUGUUGGUGGGUGUGUUCUUUUGGUUGGUGGGUUUUGUUUGGUUUGGUUCAUUUUUUGGAAGAAGGGGGGAACAGGGGAAAGUAGCGACAAUGAUGAAGAUCCUAUGAUCAACGAUCCAAUUGAUGACGAAUUCGAGAAGGGUACAGGCCCAAAGAAGUUUUCGUACAAGAUGUUGGCUCAAUCGACAAACGAUUUUGACGAGGGAGAGAAGCUUGGAGAGGGAGGGUUUGGUGGGGUUUACAGAGAUUUCGGGUUGGCUCGACUUGUUGACCACGGGAAACAAUCACAAACCACUAUUCUGGCUGGAACCAUGGGCUACAUGGCUCCUGAAUGUGUCACCACAGGAAAGGCUAGCAAGGAAACAGAUGUUUACAGUUUUGGAGUUGUUGCUUUGGAGAUAGCUUGUGGGAGAAAACCCAUUGAUCCCAAGUUGGGAACAAGUAAAAUCAACAUGGUAGAGUGGGUUUGGGAGCUUUAUGGACAAGGGAAAGUCAUUGAAGCAGCUGACCCAAAAUUGUGUGGGGAUUUUGAUGAGAAACAAAUAGAGUGCUUGUUGAUUGUUGGGUUGUGGUGUGCUCAUCCAGAUUACAAGAUCAGGCCUUCGACACAACAAAUCAUUCAAGUUCUUAGUUUAGAAGUUGCGCCGCCUAUUCUUCCAUCAAAGAUGCCAGUAGCCAGCUACUUUUCUCCUCCGGUAUCAUUUUCAAUCUUGUCCGGUGAUGUUACUGGUUCUGAAAGGGGUCAAACAGAGUCUUCAAGUUAUGGUUACAACACCAAUUCAUCACAGUUCACCUCAUCUUCCGCUUCCAAUUCUACUCCAUCAGCUUCACUUUUGUACACAAAUUAAAUUUAUA